GCGGUGUUGACGCUAACGGGCUGCUCCGACCGAGCGACGGGCGGACAGCUCGCCUUGACCGUGGAGGAUCAUGGCCCCGGGCUCGCUGGUGGCGGCCUGCUGCAGCCUGGCCCUCUCUACGUGGCUGCUCUCCUUCUGCUUCGUCCACCUGCUGUGCCUGGAUUUCACCGUGGCUGAGCGGGAGGAGUGGUACACCGCCUUCGUCAACAUCACCUACGUGGACCCGGCUACGUCGGAGCUCCGCACCGAGAAGACGGAGUGCGGGCGCUACGGGGAGCAGUCGCCGAAGCGGGACGCCAAGGGGGUGGUGGUCCUGCCCGGAGCCCCGCACGACCGCCAGGCCUGCGACCCCAACACACGAUUCACGGUGCCCGCACAGGCCGGGGCCUGGAUAGCGCUGAUAGCCCCGGGCAACUGCACCUACAAGGACAAGAUCCGCCACGCCGCAGCCCACAACGCCUCGGCGGUGGUCAUCUUUAACGUGGGCUCCGCUAAUGCCAACGACACCAUCACCAUGCCUUAUGCAGGUACAGGUGAGGUGGUCGCCAUCAUGAUCCCAGAGCCAAAAGGCCGCGAGGUCGUAUGGCUGCUGGAGCGUAAUGUGACAGUCACCAUGACGAUCACCAUCGGGACGAGGAACCUGCAGAAGUACGUCAGCAGGACGUCGGUGGUGUUUGUGUCCAUCUCCUUCAUCGUGCUCAUGAUCAUCUCUCUUGCCUGGCUUGUCUUCUACUACAUCCAGAGGUUUAGAUACGCCAACGCUCGAGACAGGAACCAGCGUCGACUUGGGGAUGCAGCGAAGAAGGCCAUCAGUAAGCUCCAGGUUCGCACCAUCAGGAGGGGCGAUCAGGAGACGGAGGCCGACUUCGACAACUGUGCCGUCUGCAUCGAGGGCUACAAGGCCAAUGACGUGGUCCGCAUACUGCCCUGCAGACAUUUGUUCCAUAAGAGCUGCGUGGAUCCGUGGCUGCUGGAUCACCGCACGUGUCCGAUGUGCAAGAUGAACAUCCUGAAGGCCCUGGGCAUCACUUUGAAUGCAGACUGCCUGGACGACCUGCCUCUGGACUAUGACCUGGCCCUGGGUGGCGUUGGCGGGGUUGGAGUGGGUGGAGUCGGGGCCCUGGCCCUGGAAGCCAUAGUGUCAGGGGCGUCGAGUGACGGCACACUGAGUGAGGGCGGCUCCUCGGUGACGCUGGACCCCGGGGUCCGACGGGUGGGUCUCCCCCAGGACUACCACGACCCCGACACCCUGAGAGACAGCCCUGUGACGGCCACCACCGGCACGCAUAUAGGUGAGCUUCAGCCAAUGGCGAGCAGUGCCUCAGUGGCAUCAUUGGUCAUCGCCGUGGAAACUGGUCUAUCAGAUGAGGAGGGGCCCAUGGUGCCGUCUCAUCUGGGGGACAAAUCCUGAGAGGAGCAGAACCAAACCAAAACCCAAGCCAAAACGGAGUCGAAUCAAGUUCAGAUUUUCAACAGACUAGAGUGGGCCUGAAGGUCCAGAAAGCGACCUGACUGAACCAGAUUGGAACCAAACCUAACUGUACUAGACUGUGAAUGACUGGAGCUAGGCCCAGGAGCUGGUUCUGGUUUUGACUGGUUCCAGGAUAAAGCUAAAUCCAGAACCAUCACCAGGGUUUGACUUGUUUUUUUUUUUUUUAUCUUUGGACUCAAAGGAAACUGACUGACCUGGUUUGGCGUCCUUUCCCAGACACCUGGAGACGUUGGACCUGACCUGGGUGUUGUUCAGUUUACCUUGGUCUCAUGUUUGGCAGGUGUUUUUUCAAGGUUAAACCUAUCUGCCUAUUUGCUGUCUUUCUGUGCAGAUGUCUUGACCAGCCCACACCUUCAUGCUGUUUCUAGACACAUUUCUGCAGUUCGUGUCUCGGCCCAACUCGUAUGUCAUUAACCCAGACAAACUUCCAUAGUGGCAGAAGGAAGAAAUAUAAAUUAAGUCCUACAUUUCAAAUGUUGAGAGGCUCGACUUGAUGUUUGCCUGCAGACUUGAAGCGCUUUGGAAGAGCAGAUGGGAUUUAAAUUCUCAAGCUAAACAAAUUCCAAGAGGCACAUUUAUAUCGACAAACCCUGAGGAUGAUCAGAAUCUCAUCAGUAAUCAUGUGAACAGACUAAAACCUGAGAAAGUUGGCUGCCAGAAGAGGACUCACUCUUUGAAAGGGUCAACAUUCCCCUUCAUCAGGGAGUACGGACGACCUUGACUGCUUGAGAAUGUCUGAGUGAUCUGGGCCAGGAAUCUGGAUUUACCUGCUUAUUUCUGUCAGAUCUACUUCACGAGAAGCGCUCGUGUUUUGAGACCUUUGAGGAAUAUAGGUACCUGAAUUUUCCAAGUAGAGAGGCACAACAGCUAAACAAACCUUGACAAACAAUGGUGCUGUAUCAGGGCUGCCCACUUCUGGUCCUGGUCUGGAUUCUUGAAGAGUUCAUCUUGCUUAUUUAGCUCAUUUUAAUAUGCCUGCCACCAUGCCAGGUGCUGUUUCUUGACCUGUGCGACAUCUACCAUGACUGACUUCAUUUUGGAAGGAGGACUUUAAAAGGACAAACCAAGUGUGUUGAGCAGCGGAUUCGAUCUUUUUUGUUUUUCUUAUGUUGUUCUUAAGCAGUAGACUCGUAUUUCAGCAGUAUUACACUUUCAGUUUGACCGCAGUAUUGAUUAGCAACUACACACAGUAUUUAGUUUUCCCCUCUUUUUGCCUGUCUGUAUAUUUUAGGCUUUAUAUUUACGUUGCUCUGACAGUGUUGGGUUUGGCUGCUCGCAGUCUCAGCUGUGGUUCGAAACAGGGUUUCUAUGUGUCUGAAAAACUGCUAACUGCUAAAAAUGCUCUUGACAGUUAAGGUAAAGUUUGAAGAAGGUCGGUGUAUAAUUUCACUUCAGCAAAUAAUGUAGAUGUGCUGACUGCAACGCACAGAUGGAAGAAAUAAGUAAAAGGACUGAAAACUAGCAACACAUCAUGUAGCUUGGUAAGUUAGAAAAUGUCUAACACAGUCUGAACUUGUGACUUUUAUGGUCAGACUGUACAGAUCAGUUGUUUGCUGAGCACGAACUCAACAACACCGUAAAGAAACGAGGAGCCGCGGCGGGAAAUGUUGAUGGUCCCAGUUGAGGUUUUGUAGUUUAUACUGGAGCCUUUGACAACAGCCAAACUGUAAGACAGUCAGCCAGAGCUUUGGAUCCAUCAGAAACCAAAGUGGUCGCUUGACAUCCAGACUGAUAAUUGUAUAUUAGCUAAUGACCAGUUGCAGAAAUUUGGCCCAUUUCUGAGAUGACUUGGUGUCACCAGGUCAGAGCUGGAACCUGUGUGAAACUCCAGAGUGUCUGUCCGGCUUUAGGUUGACGAAAGACUUGCGUCAUCAGUCUUCCAUUGUGUUGCCUUUGCUGAGUAGUAGUGUGUGAUAACAAUUAUCUCAACUUCCUGCUUCAGCCCUCCGAUAAAAUGCCAUGAAGGAACUUUUGGUUUUAGUGAGGUUUUCCUGUCCGUCCGUCUGCCUGACCACAUGUCCAGCACAGUGGCCUCAUGCUGCCUUUUUAAAAACACAUUUACCUUUAAUCCUGACAAUCGAGGACCGGAUCUCUCACGUGCCGUGAGGGAUCAGUUCUCUGAACUUCAGCCAACUUAAGUUUUCAUAUCCACUGUGUGUACACCACAGUAGGCGUUAGCUGCCGUUACUAUUUCCAGAGGUUAAAUAAUCAACACUAAAAUGUGAUGAGAGGGGUCCAAGUUAGUGGGUUGGAGAAGUACCUUCACAGCUGUGGACGGCGAAGUCCGACAGAGAAUCUCUCCUCGCUUCGAGAGGUUGUUUUGCUCUGGAUGUGUUUGUCAGUUCAAAGCCCAACAUGUAAAUAUAAAAUGUAUGUUCCACUGCGGGACGUGGCGUCGCUGUCUGGUCGUGCCAUGGUGUCGCCAGCACCGUGAGCUUCCUGAAACCGAGAGGUAAAGAUUGUCGUCUAUUUUGAUACCAGAGGAGAAGUUUAUUUUUGUAACGAAGACAUUCAGCAGCGAAGGCUGAUUUCCCUCCUGCCCCUCUUUACCUUUGGCCAAGUGACUCAGUGUGACUGAGUACAGAUCAGGAAGUUUAAGUGUGUAUUAUUUGUGUAAUUGUAAAUACACAGUACACAAAGCACCUAGACGAUGCCGAGCUCUUGUUGCCCUGUAAACACCUGGGAUCUGAUUGUCAGCGUGGCCUGAUGAGUGCUGAGCCUGAUCGCUGGCUGGAGGACCAACACUGUACUGACUGUGUCCCCCUCACCUUUGGUACCGAUGUGAAACCUUUUUGCUGCCAUUCUAAAAGAAAAAUUGGUUUUAAAAAUUGUCGAUUAAUUUAUAGAGCAGUGUAUGAAUCUCAGCAUCUGAACCCGUCGUUUGUGUACCAACAGAAAGCAUGACAGGAUUUACAGCCAGUUACACAACUGUUGUUUUUACUUCACCAUUAACAGGUUGUGUAACUAUUUACAGGAUAUGCAAUGGCUUUUAGUAGUAAGACAUUUGGUUUGGGGGAACAAGAAUUAGUACCCAGUUGUAAGAGAAAAGCAGUACUGGUUUCCAGUCCUGCCAGUGACUUCUCUCAGACCUUCAGAAACCAGAAGGACUUUUACUUU